AUGCCAAGUGGAACACGUAACACACCAAAUGAUUCUGAUAAAGAAAACGCGAUGGAUUCAGACAGAGGCGAACAAAUGGAGAGAUUUGGCUCGCAAACUUAUGAUCCCGAUCAAGAUAAAGACGAGAAACGUUGGUUACGUAGAGAAUAUAGAACUCUCUUAACUGAAACUGAAGAAAAUAUGCAAGAUUACUUAAGACCGGAUUCAGAUGGUCUUGCUCAUAAUUUAGCAAGAGCAAAUGAAUUAAUACAAAAAGUUAAAAAUACACACGAGGCAACUCUCGAUUCAUCUCUUCUCGUGAAAACGAGUAUUUUAGGAGUACAAAAAGCGCGUCGCAUGAAAUUGGAUAGUAAUGCUUUUGACUCAGUUGGAGAUAUUGCUUCUCGUUGUACUUUUCGUGUUCCCACAAUGGAAUUCAUGCUUGGUCCACUCUCUAUUGAACAAAAGGAACGUAGAGUUGGUAUUAGAAAAGCUUUAGAGAAAAACAAGAAAGAUAUGACUAUGCCUAUACAAAGACAAGAGAAUGAAACAACAAGAAAUGUUAAAAUGAUUUGGGAUAUUCUUGACGAAAAACAACCAAUAAAUUUUUUUAAAUUUAUCAUUAAUCCAGAAUCAUUUGGACAAACUGUGGAAAAUAUAUUCUACUUAUCAUUCUUGGUACGUGAUGGUAAAGUAGAUAUUGAUGACGAAAGUGGUCAACCUAUUCUUUCACUAUGUGAACCACCUACUCAAGAAGAUUAUAAUGAUGGACUGAUAAAGAAACAACUUGUUUUAGGAGUAGAUAUGAAAAUGUGGAAGGAAUUAAUUGAAGUAUAUAAUAUAAGGGAAUCGGCAAUUCCAACGCGACAAUCUCGUGAACAGAAUGCGAGUAAAUGGUACGGUUAA